AUGACGACCGGAACCACGGCCCAGAGCAGCCUGCUUCUCGUUCUGGCAGGAUUCGGCAUCGCCGUCCUCGGCUUAAAUGGAUACUUGCUUGGCGUGUUCUACCGCGAGAUCACCCCUCGCGGAGGAGGCGGCAUCGAGAUUCCUGGCUAUAAUGGGACCGUGGCCCCGCAGGACAUAAGCAGUGCAAUGUCAGGCCGCGUGUCCUCCAUCUUUGACACCUAUGGGCCCAAGGUCACGAGCUUCAUCAGCUGGCGGACAGUGAUUGAUCGCACAGCCACGGCGACCGUCGACGGCAUCACGCAGUACUCGACCAUUGCAGUCACAUCGAUCGUCUACACCGUCGUAAACACGGUGUACAACAAGAGGAGCAACGGGGACGAAGCGCCAACCCCUGCUGCGAAGUACAGGGGUGACAAGGCUAGCCAGAUCACCCCGGCGCCGACCGGAAGCGCUUCGACCGGCAGCGGAAGCGCGGCUCGCCAGUUACACAAGCGCAAGAAGGGCGGUGGAGGAGACGGGAGUGGGAGCGGCAAUGGUGGCAGUGACGGAGGGAGCGGGGGCAGCGGCGGUGGACCCAACUUCCACAUUCCUGACGGAAGUGGGGGCGGCAGCAGCAGCGGCGGCGACAGCAGCGGGAGCGGCAGCUUCGGGUAUCCGAACCAGUUCUUCCUGCCCUACUCGUAUGAGACGAAUAUGCCGGGGUAUGUGGUGCUGGAAGUUUGGGCCGCCCUGGUGGCCGCGUACGCUAUUGCACACCUCGUGAUGUCGCGCAUCCGGCCCAACUCGCGCCUCAUCUCGGUGCUAGCCGACCACAUCGCGCACGCCGUCCUCCUUGCCCUCGGUCUCGCUGGCUGUGCCGCCGUGUCCGCCGCCUCGGCAUGGAAGUACUGGGGCCAGUACCGAGGGGCGGUGUAUGCCAACGUCGCCCUCGCGUGGGUCAUGUGGGCUAUUCUCCUAGGUCUCGCCAUUUUCGAGCUGCUCUACAUCCGCCGCUUCUUCCCGGGAGCCGCGAACCGCAGGAGGAGCGUCCGGGGUUUGGACAAUACCCCUACCCCGUCGACAUCAGGCUACAGGUCGACGCUCGUGCUGUAUGGCUACAGACGUGUCUCGAGCACUGGCAUGACCUGGGUACCGAUGGAGACGACGGUGGUCACGUCAGAGGGAUUCAGUACCCGCACCCCCGUCCCCAUGAGCCGGCGUUCGGAGCCCUCCGCCAAGCCUUAUGAUCAGGUUGGCACCACUACCCCGCCGACGCCGACGACGGACGCAGUCGCCCGGCCCACCAGCCCGCCAAGGGCCCGUCACGUUGCGAAGUCCACCCAUGAGACUCCCGCACUCCAGAAGCGCAAGAAAGGAGGCGGCGGUGGCGGCGGAAGCUCCCACAGUGGCGACAUCUUUGGCAAUCUCACGGGCGAGCUACGCAAGACAUUUGCAGCGUACAUCGUCGUCGAGGUCUGGGCUGGACUCGUGGUAGCCUACGUCGUUCUACAGAAGAUCAACGCCAUGCUCGCCCUGGCUUGGAUUCUAUGGGUGGCGGUGAGUCCGUCGUGUGCUGCGCUAGCUCACCUCAAGCUCCUCGGCCUCGUCGCGGCAGAAGCCUACUACGUCCGGACCUACUUCCCCGGAGACGAGAACCAGCGCAGCAGUCUGCUUAACCUGAUCGAGGGCGCCGGCGGCGGGGCCGGCCGGCCACGCCACUUUGCCCCCGGUGCCCCUAUCAGCGCCAAAGACCUCGCGGGCCAGCACCCCACGCAUCCCGUCAUCAAGGCCAGCGAGAAGACUUCUGUCCAGAACUUGCAGCGGAAGUUCGCAGUGCCCACGCCGCAGCGUCCUCCAAUGACGGCGUCUGACCUGCAGAAAGUGCACGUUACCGACCUCUCGAGCCAGCACAGCGAGAGGAACUCUGUCCAGAACUUGCAGCGGAAAUUCUCGGUGCCCACACCGCAACGUCCUCCAAUGACGGCGUCUGACUUGGGGAAAGUCCACAUUACCAAAAGCUGA